AUGGGAAUAAUUUACAAUUUAAACAAGGAAAAGCAACUAAUUAUAACGAACAAGCAAGUACUUAGCAUCACAGUCAUUGUUAUCAGUACGCUUUGGCUCAAAUGUCUACUCUGUCUAAUUGUAUGCAAAGUCUAUAUUAACCCAGGGGCGACUGGAACUGGAAACCACAUGAUCCUUGAGUUUACUACUGAACGAGCGUUUGAGGAUAGUAUCAGCCUUGCUGAUGUCAGUGAAGGCCAACCACUGCGGCUUCUGAUUCGAUGCCCGAUUGGCGUUGAGUUGUCGCCGCGAUAG